AAUUGGAACCAGGUGACUGCACCUGACAUCGACUGUCCUACAGAUUGAACGUAUUCUGUCCUUCCACUCUACCGGUACUGAGAGGUAGUCUCAACCUCAGUCCCCAUCGAACUGACAUCAGCUGUACCCUUAAUACCCUAAUAACUUACCAAACCUCGACCUCCUAGGCUACCUUUAAUAACUCACACCAUGCCUCCCAAACUCACCAAAGCCGAAAAACAAGCGCGGAUUGUCUCCCACCUCCGGUCGACCGGCACCUGCCAUACACUGAAAGAGCUGGAGAAGAUGCUCCCUUCGAUCGCGUCGAUCAACGGCCUGCAAGUCAAGGAGUCCCUGCACGAAUUAGCCGACGAGGGCCAGAUCCGGGUGGAGAAGAUUGGAAGUGGGAACUGGUACUGGUGUUUCAGUGGGGAUGAGAGGAGGGAGUGGGAGCAAAAGGUGGAACAGCUGCAGAAAGAAGUGGAUCGGGUACGGAGCAGUAAUGAGGAACUGGAUAGACAAUUGGCGGUCAGGAAACGGGCGAUAGAGGAUGAUGAGAAGGCUCUGGAACCCGGUGAGCGAGAGAGGUUGACCCGGGAAUAUACGGAGUUAGAGAAGGAGUGUCAGCGCUUACGGAAGGAGUGGUUGGCUGUGUCAGCAAGCAUGGAUGGGGGCAAGGGGAUCCAGGAGAUGAAGGAUGAGGUGCAGGAGUUUCAGCGGGAGGCGCAGAUGUGGACGGAUAAUAUCUACAUCUUGGAAGGGUUUGUGAGAAAAGUGGUCGGGGGCGAUCGGGAGGCGAUGGAGAUGUUGCAGAGGGAAUGUUACGGGGAGGAUUAUGUGGAAGGGGAAGGAUUGCGCGAGUGGGAAUGAUUUUAGGAAACCGAUUUAUGUAUGUAUGUAUCCCGAGGAUAUACAUACAUAUGGUACUCACUCACUCAAAAACACGGGUAGUUAUUAUUUAUACGUAACUCUAA